AUGGCUAUCAGAGUUAUUGCACUGUCUUGCGUUGUAUUUCUAGUCUCACUCAUAGGCUUCGCUGCUGCAAUGGCCACAACUGCGGACCAGUGCCAGUACGUUGUGAGAGUUAAGACAGGAAAUGUCGAUGGUGCAGGAACGGACUCCACCAUUAGCCUCAAGUUAAAGUCCCAAUCCGGCGAUAGUUUUACCAUCGCCAACCUCCUAGAUUGGGGCUCAAUGGAACCCGGUCACGUCUACUUUGACAGGGACAACCUUGACAUCUUCAACGGCAGGAGCAAUUGCCUCGAUGUUUGCGCCAUGACCGUCACCUCCAGCGGCACAGGGUCCAGCCCAAGGUGGUACUUGAAUUACGUCCAAGUCACCGUCAGUGGCCCCGUACGUGCGGACAUAUCGUUCCCCGUGAACGGGUGGCUGGCUGAAGACAAACCACCCCAUUCGCUCUCUGCCAACGUCGACUCAUGCUCCAGCUUCUAUCCUUUGAAGCCCGCUCUCUUUUCUGUGUGA